CCCAGUUCUCCUCCCCAGCCAGCCAUGGGCUGCGUCGCUGGCGCCGCCACCCUCUCCCACAUUCUCCAGAGAUCUCCAGAGAUCCCCAGAUCGCGUUGCCAAGGCGCGCCUCGCCGUGCGUAAAGAGGGCGCAGCUGCUCCAGCCCAGCGGGCUCCGUGCGUAACCAAGUGAACGGUUUCUCUUUCUAGGGAAGGAAGGAAGGAAGGAAGGAAGGAAGGAAGGAAAGAAGGAAAGGAAAGGGGGCAGCUGACGGGCCUGAAAGCUCUCCGAGAAGCCCACGCCACUUUCCGAGGUAAGGGGGGUGGAGGAACAACUCCAGGGGGGGAGCGAAGCGGAGAGAGACUCCGCCUGGAGAAUCUGUUCUCUUGGCGCAUUUGGCGACACCCAAGGAAUGGGGAAGGGAGCAAACGAAAGGGCGAGGGAGAAGCGAAAUGCCACUCUAUUUCGGGCGGAGAGGAGGGGAGCCAAGGGCUGAUUCGCUCCCCCCGGGAGAGGGCAGGGCGCUGGGUUGGUGGAGGCAGGGGCCGGACCUGCGCUGCCUCGGUUCAGGAGGGGACCGGCCCUCGCUGACUUUGUCCAGGGUCAGGAAUGGAGUCCUCUGUGCCCCUCGGGUCUCCUGCAAUUGAAAGGACAGAUCACAGUUGGAGACAGGGCCGGGAAAAGGGAGUGUGGCCCAAGCCAUCUCCCAAAUUCUGCUCUGUGCGCUUAUGAAAUGGUCAAAAUAAAGCAAAGACAACGCUUUGUGGCUUCUUAAGGACAGUAUGGCACGAUCAUUCGUGGGCUAGAGCCAGUUCUAAAUGAGAGACAGUUUGGCCAACUCAUGGCUUUCCUUCUGGGAUAAGAGACUCUAUCCCUUCUGACUCCCAGUGUAACCAAAGCUCUUGUGACAUAAGGGGGCAAUUAGUUUUGUUCAAGGCUGUCUUCAGAUUUGCAGAAUUAUUAUAACACACACACACACCCCGUGACAUACACCCAGCUUUAUUCUGAGCACAAAUACGUCAAUAUGAACUUAGCACAGCAAGAACAUUUGUGGAGCGGUUCGAAUACCAUUAGAGAGUUAUAGAAUGUGCUGUUUCUGUAGAGACGGAUAUGGGAGAGACAUGUUUUGUUGCAGCUGGGGCAGAUGCAACAUGGUAUUUCUCUCUCUCUCUCUCUGUGCUUCUCCCAAGCACUCAUUCAUCCUCUGGUCACUGCUAUGGAUACGCAAUCUAUCUGUCUCCAGGCACUGAGAUUGUCUGCAAGGGAUUUCCAUAUGGCAGGGUUCAUGUCACAUUUGCAGACAUCUUUGUAACUGCCUGAAGCCAGCUUUUUCAUUAAUAUUUUGGGUGAAGCAUGCCUUGCUGUAAAUAGAGUGGAAUAACCUGGGACUUUGAGGCAUCUUCCUUUUGUAGGGUGGGGGAAUACUUUAUUUGUAUUUCCUCCUCCUGUUUUUAAAGAGCAAUAAUGAUUUUCUGAUCGUAUUGUGUAUUAAUUCCUAUUAUUAUAGGAAUAUUGGGUGGGUUUUUUUUUAUUUUUAUCAUCUAUUUUGUAGUUUUAUAUCUUGAUUUUAUUCUGUGAACCGCCCUGAGACCCCUGGGUAUAGGGUAGUAUAUACAUUCAAUAAAUAAUACUAAUAAUAGGACUAACAAUUGUUAUUAAAAAGUUAUUGUUCUUUGUUUUCCAGGAGAUGUCGAACACUCAGGGGUUACAAGAGGAGCCGACUAGCGUGCGCAAAGCCCUUCCUGAGGCAAAGGAAUAUUCUAAAAGCAAGUGCCCACUUUGUGCUCAGCUCUUCUCUGCCCCUAAAAUACUGCCUUGUUUGCACACCUUCUGCGCAGCUUGCCUAGAGCAGUUGGAGCCCUUUUCAGACCUGGGCUUGCCAGGGGAAGACUCAGACUCUAGUUCAGAAGGGCCUUGUCUCCAGAGCUGCCGGCCGCCGCCAUCACCGCUGCUCAGCCUCCUCUGUCCCGUCUGUGAUGCUGAGGUAGAUUUGCCACCAGGAGGGAUCAAAGACUUGACCACCGACCACAUGGCUCUGAAAGAGGUGCUGUUGGAGACCUUGCAGGGAGAAGGCCUUGGCUUAGCAUGUGACCUCUGCGUGGAUGGAGAAGCUGUGAAGCACUGCCAGGCCUGCCGGGUCUGCCUUUGCCAGUUUUGCUGCCAAGCUCACAAGUACGUGUCCUGCCCAGACAGUGCUAUAGAGUCACCCUACAUACCAUAUUUUUUGCUCUAUAAGACUCACUUUUUCCCUCCUAAAAAGUAAGGGGAAAUGUGUGUGCGUCUUAUGGAGCGAAUGCAGGCUGUGCAGCUAUCCCAGAAGCCAGAACAGCAGAAGGGAUUGCUGCUUUCACUGCGCAGCGAUCCCUCUUGCUCUUCUGGCUUCUGAGAUUCAAAAUAUUUUUUUUCUUGUUUUCCUCCUCCAAAAACUAGGUGCGUCUUGUGUUCUGGUGCGUUUUAUAGAGCGAAAAAUAUGGUAAUUUUGUGGUACCUUCCUGCCUUUUAUGCCCAUUUUACAAUCACAUUAAAUAACAUGCAGGAGACUUGAACAGCUCCCCCCCCCUUUUAUCCUUUAAACUGAACAACAGAAUUGGAAGGCAGUGAAAAGGCUACAGAAAGUGGGGUAGAGCCUUCACUCCCUGCCAUUUCGCUACUUCAGCUGCUUUCACACCUGCAGGUAAAAUGAUAUACAGUGGUACUUCGGGUUACAUAUGCUUCAGGUUACAUACGCUUCAGGUUACAGACUCCGCUAACCCAGAAAUAAUACUUCGGGUUAAGAACUUUGCUUCAGGAUGAGAACAGAAAUUGUGCGGCGGCAGCAGGAGGCUCCGUUAGCUAAAGUGGUGCUUCAGGUUAAGAACAGUUUCAGGUUAAGAACGGACCUCCGGAACGAAUUAAGAACUUAACCUGAGGUAGCACUGUAGUAUCCUUUUUUCUUUUAUACUGCAGAUGCAGUUUAAGGCUUUAAAGGUCAGCACCAACACUUUGAAUUAUCCUCGGAAACGUACUGAGAGCCAUUGUAGGUCUUUCAGGACCAGUGGUCCCAGUGGCCACUCCCAGUCACCAGUCUGGCAGUUGCAUUCUGGAUUAGUUGUAGUUCCCAAGUCACCUUCAAAGGUAGCCCCACGUAGAGCGCGUUGCAGUAGUCCAAGUGGGAGAUAACCAGAGCAUGCACCACUCUGGUGAGACAGUCUGCGGGCAGGAAGGGUCUCCGCCUGCGUUCCAGAUGGAGCUGGUAGACAGCUGCCCUGGACACAGAAUUGACCUGCACCUCCAUGGACAGCUGUGCGUCCCACGCUGUGCACCUGGUCCUUCAGGGGCACAGUUACCCCACUCAGGAGCAGGGAGUCCUCCACACCUGCCCGCCCCCUGCCCCCCAAAACAGGAUUACUGUCCCAGUGUGUCUGAGUAGGAAUGGUUUUUCUUGUGUUUUGCGGGUGUUGUUUUCUGGGAUGCAUAGACGGCUGAACUUUGCACCCUACUCUUCUAGGCGGCAGAAGAAAACCGCUGCCCACCCUGUGAUGGAGCUGCAGGACUUGAAGGGCUACACCCACAUGGAGAAGCCCAUCCAGUGCCUUUUGCACCCUUCAGAGGAGCUGACGCUCUUCUGUGAGCAGUGCGACACGUCUGUGUGCCAGGAGUGUGUGGUGGGUACACACCGGCAGCAUCCCUACAAUGUCACCAGCAACGUUAUCCACAAGCACGGAGACUCGAUUCGGGAGCUCUUGAAGAUCACCCAGCUGAAUAUGAGAACGCUGGAAGGCGCGCUCAGCCGUAUUGAAGAGGUGGGCAGUGCCCUCAGCACCCACGUGGAAGCCGUGGCUCGAGAGAUCUGCGCUUUUGCAGACGGCUACGUGAAAGCCGUCGAAGAGCACCGAGACCGGCUGCUCAAGUUUCUGAACGAACUGAAGGUCCAAAGGGAGAGCCUGUUGCAUCUGCAGAAAGCCCAGCUCCUGCAGCUGCUCCUGGAUAUGCAGACAGGAGUGGAAUUCACUGAGCACCUGCUCACCAACGGCUCGGACCUUGAGAUCCUCCUUACCAAAGGAGUGGUGGAGAACCGGCUGAGCAAACUAACCAGCGUGGACUGCAAUAUCCAGCCUCUUGCGGACGACAGAAUCCACUUCUCUCCUCAAAAGAAGGCCGGCGUAUACCAUGGCUACGAAAUCUUUGGGGCCGUUCUCAACAAAGCAACUCAUCCAGCCAAGUGUGUCCUGCAAGGAGCAGGUAAGGGGGUGGUUUGUAGCAGCAGAAAAACAUCAUAAGAUGCUCCACAUCCAGUUGUGGAGCAGAGCACAGCCAUCGUGGCUAGUAGCCAUCAAUAGUGCUUUCCUCCAUGAAUUUGUCUAAUCCUCUUUUAAAGACAUCCUAACUGGUGGCUUGGGACGUGGAUGGCACUGUGGGUUAAACCACAGAGCCUAGGGCUUGCCGAUCGGAAGGUCGGCGGUUCGAAUCCCCGCGACGGGGUGAGCUCCCGUUGCUCGGUCCCUGCUCCUGCCAACCUAGCAGUUCAAAAGCACAUCAAAGUGCAAGUAGAUAAAUAGGUACCACUCCGGCGAGAAGGUAAACGGCGUUUCUGUGCGCUGCUCUGGUUCGCCAGAAGCAGCUUAGUCAUGCUGGCCGCAUGACCCGGAAGCUGUAUGCCGGCUCCGUCGGCCAGUAAAGCGAGAUGAGCGCCGCAACCCCAGAAUCGGUCAUGACUAGACCUAAUGGUCAGGGGUCCCUUUACCUUUACCUUUAACUGGUGGCUACCACUACCACUGUAGGGAGGCUGUUAACCUGAGAAUGUCUUUCUUUUUUUAAUAAUAAUUUUUAUUAGUUUUCAAUUACAACAAUCCAAUAAUAGCCUCAUUAUAACAAGGCCAAAUUAUAAUACAAUUAAUAAUGCCAAUCAUUGAGAUGCCAAGUUAUACAAGUUUGGUGCCCCCCCCCCCCCCCGCAUGCUAGAAUUAAUGGUCUGGUGAUUUUCUUUAUUUCUGCGUUCCAAGAUCUUACAACUUUCAGUCAUGCUCCAGUCCAAAUCCCAAUCCCUUUUAUCGCAGCUGCAGUUUUAGUGACUUCCAUUUGUGGCUAAAUAUCUCUGUUUGGUUUUUUGUCAUCAAAAUACACUGCAGACGUCUGAUCUCCCUGGAGACGAAGAGAUGUGACGAUAGACAGCUCUGCCUCUUUUUUUUUUUUUUUUUUAAGCAAAUGUUUUGUGCCACUGGGGAAGUGGUAAUUCUGUAUUGAUUUGUUUUGGAUGUUUGUAUGUGAAGCCAAUAAAAGGUUUGAUGUAUUCACACAUUGAAUGAUUUCUACGCUUACAGCUGAAGCAUUCAAACUCUCUCCUUCCUGUGUGUGGCAAUUAUUCUGUCCAUAGUGUUUCUUCCUGUCCUUGUAAAAUAUUAUAUCUAUCUUUUGUCAGCUGUUGCUGUUCUCCAGCAUGCCUUGGGCAGUGCUAGUGUCCCAUUGCUGUUUCAGAAGAUCUCUAACCUGAGAAUGUCUUUACACACGUCUGUUUAAAUGCAGGAUUGUAGCUCAGUGGCAGAGAGCAUGUUUUGCAUACAGAGAACAACACCUGAAAUUCAGUGCCAGAAGCCUUGGACAGUAGUGAGGAAGAAAGGGCAGAGUCAUUUAAGGGAGGUGAAAUAUACUCAGAGUCGAGAGUGGAUUUCAUGCUCUUUAUUCAGCUCAUGGUGGUGAGGAGGAAUGAGUGAAUGUCCCCUCAAAGUAUCUGCUUUAUAUACAUUAUUUACACAAUGGGCUGCACGUGAUUGGCUAAUUCCAGAAUUCUCCUGUAGGCCAAUCAGGUUGUGGAUUCACUUCCAUCUGGAGCUGGAUUGGGUGGCUCCUGCAGACCAAUCAUACUGUUGCAUUGUUCUGGGACCAAUCAGACUGCUGCAUUUUGGAUCCUAUUCAGCUGAGUACAUAACAGGAGGACAAGGCUCUUCACAUUUUCUUCCCAAUUCCUCUGCUCUGCUUUUUCAGAUCUCGGCAGCACUCAUCAAAACGAGCCAGCCGGCUUCACUCUGGUCUGCAAGGACGCUUCCGAUGAGCAGAUGGACAGAGGAGGGGAGCCUGUCCGGGUGUCCAUUUCCCAUAAAGACAGGAAGGAUUGGUUGGUAGCUAUUCUGCAAAGUGUUGUCCGUUUCGGUCUGUUUCGUGUUUCCUUUUAAGAGUCCCUUCGCAAGCACAUUCAUGAGCACGAAAAGGGUAAGGAGGUGAAUUGCCAGAAUCAGAACAGUGGCGGAAGAAUCGUACCUGAGAGCCCAGGUGAAGGGAUGCAUGUGGAUUUGCGGCAGCCUGAGUUAAUUUAGGAGUAUACGGGCACUUGAAUAGUGAAUAGAUGGGAAGACAUGAGCAUCAGCCAAUGAGGAGUGACUUGCAUCUGGUGGUUGUAGCAGGUCCAGAUAUUCAGUUGCAUAGUGGCAACUGGAACACCUGAAAACUAGAAAGAUGGGAUAUGUACUUUGCCCAGUGCUUUUUUUUCUAAAAAAAAUGUUUGGGGGUCCUCUCCUUUUCCUACUCAUAUUGAAAUACUGCCCCUCAAUGAGGUCAAACUUAUAUUCACAAAAUGUUUAGGGGUCUGCGUACCCCCAGAAAAAAAGCACUGCCUUUCCCCCAUUUUAGCCUCUCUUGCCUAUUUUAUUUCACUUUAAAUAUGUUGUAAACUGCCUCAAGAUCCUGGAUAAUAAUAAUAAUAAUAAUAAUAAUAAUAAUAAUAAUAAUAUAAUAUUAUUUAUACCCAGCCCAUCUGGCUGGGUUUCCCCAGCCACUUUGGGCGGCUUCCAGCAAAGAUUAAAAAUACGUUAAAUUAGUAGGAAAGGCAUAAAGACUCCUAAUUAAUAGAUAUUAGGCAUUUUCCUUCUGUCUUUCCAAAAGGAAUCUUUGCUGGUGGCAGGCAUGUUUGCCUCCUUCCGUGAGUCGCCCUCUGAUAGUAGCUGCUCAUGUGAGUAAACCAGUCCUAGGCAUUGCCAUGGAUUGAGGUGAGCUGGCUGUGGUGAGCAGCUCCCUGAGUCUCAAAGAGCUGGAUGACAAACUUAAAAUUGGAUUAAUUUAGCAAGUCCAGUUUCUGAUGGAAACACUCCAUUCUGAGACUUACUGAUUUAAGGCUUUCAUCAAUUCAAUCCAUUUCUAUCACAUCUUUCAACCAAAGUAUCCAAAUCGGUCCAUCAGACCUUUUAGUACAACAACAAGAGAUUAUAAAGGUUUUCAGAGCACUGUGGCCCAAAUACAAAAAGUUCCCAUCUAUUCAGAAGUAUAAAGUGUUCCUCUAGUGUAUUUAAAAAGCCCCUAAGAUUAUAUCAAAUUUGCUGGACUCUGGAGUUUCUUUAUAUUUUAUUCUUCAGUCUAUUAAUUCCUAAGCAUGCCAUGCCUUUAAUGAGCUGAAUUCUAAAUGUGUUUAACAUUCUAGUAGGGUAAUUCAUUGCAGAUAUGCAAAAAGAAAACUUGUUGUUUCACAGCUUGUUCAAAGCUGGUUUCUGAGUUCAGGUUUACAGAGCAGUGUUUUUGUGUCUAAGGAAUUUGCAGUCAUUUAAAGUUCCUGAAGAAGGAGUCUUGUGCUUUGACAUGCACAGAGAAGCAACAAUAAGUACCCCUUUGUCCAAACUAACACACGGUGCCAAAUUCCUGUAAAUCAGUAUUGGGGACUGGGGACUUGGUUAAAAUAUUCACCCAGGGCAGAUAGGAAAGGAGCACUGAAUCCUUUCCUAGUACAGUGGUACCUUGGUUCUCAAAUGCUUUGGUACUCAAACGCCGAAAACCCAGAAGUGAGUGUUCUGGUUUUCGAAUGUUUUUUUGGAAGCUGAAUGUCCAAUACAGCUGUCAGCUAUUGUUUUCAGGGCACCUGCCCCAAUCAGAAGCUGCGCCCUGGUUUUUGAACAUUUCAGAAGUCAAAUGGACUUCUGGAAUGGAUUAAGUUUGGCGCUUUUGUUUUUGCUAUUUAUUUUGCAUUUUUGUUUUUGAGGCUUUUUCAGUUAAUUUGUUUUUGUGACUGUGUGGAUAAUUAUCAUCUACAAUACAGUCUUAUUUAAUUUAUAGUAUAGUACAUUGAUGAUUGCUUUCAUUUUAUGGAUCAAUGGUCUCAUUAGAUAAUAAAAUUUCAUGUUAAAUUGCCAUUUUAGGGGUUGUUUUCAAAAGUCUGGAACGGAUUAAUUUGUUUUGCAUUCCUUUCUAUGGGAAAGCGUGCCUUGGUUUUGGAACACUUUGGUUUUGGAAUGGACUUCCAGAACAGAUUAAGUUUGAGAACCAAGGUACCACUGUAGUGUUGUUGUUUCCCCCCGUCCAAAACUGCCUUUCCUCAACUGGCUUUCUCAUAGCAUUGACUGCUUCUUUAUCUUGAAGAAAACAGGUGUGGAGAUUUGUCUAGUGAUGGGAAGAAUGUUCCCCAGUCACCAGUAAAGGUAAAGGUAAAGGGACCCCUGACCAUUAGGUCCAGUCGUGGCCGACUCUGGGGUUGUGGCGCUCAUUUCGCUUUAUUGGCCGAGGGAGGCGACGUACAGCUUCCGGGUCAUGUGGCCAGCAGGACUAAGCCGCUUCUGGCGAACCAGAGCAGCGCACGGAAACACCAUUUACCUUCCCGCCGGAGUGGUACCUAUUUAUCUACUUGCACGUUGACGUGCUUUCGAACUGCUAGGUUGGCAGGAGCAGGGACUGAGCAAUGGGAGCUCACCCCAUCAAGGGGAUUUGAACCGCUGACCUUCUGAUCGGCAAGUCCUAGGCUCUGUGGUUUAACCCACAGCGCCACCCGCGUCCCUCCAGUCACCAGUAGUAUACUUCAAAUCCAGUCUUCAUUUCUGCUUUACAGCAAUGUCCUGAUUCUGACACACAGGUCUACCACCAUCAGAUUGACUCUUCAGGUCCUGAAGUUGGAAAGAAGUUCAUCAGUGGUUCAAAAAUACCAGUUGUGGGAUAUCCUCAAUUCUAUUAAGCAACUCGCUACUUGAGACCUCUUAAAAUAAUCACCAACUUCAUCAGUCACUGGAUCAAAGUCUCUAUACAAAUGUCUUCUUUAUUUUUGCAUGCCAAGCAAUUAUUUUUCUUUCCUCUCUGUCUUCAAUCUAGUGUCAUCAAGGCCAGUGUAAGUGACAACCAAGAUGGGACAUACCAUAUUUCUUACAUCCCUGAGGAACCGGGCAAGUACAAGGUCUGCGUCUUUGUCAGAGGUCAACAUGUACAGGUAACACUUUCUGCUAGCUUUUGUGGGUGUGGCUGAUUUUGGAGAGUCGACCAAGAAUGAGCAGACCUAUGGCAAGAGCAGAAAAGGAGAGAGAGGAGAGAGGAGUUAGAAUUGGAUCUUAAGGCACUUCUGAGCUCAGCGCCUGCCCAGGGAUGGGAAUGGCUGAGGAGGCUUCUCAGAGCCUCAGUUGGCUUGAGCUUCAAGCUAUCAAAGGGGAGUCAAGACACUUCUUCCUCGAACCUGGCUUUGAGUGUCACUGCCUUAGGUGAAUCCACUGGCCUUUAGGGGGACAGAACAUGUUCCCUCCAUUUUCAUGGGUUUAAGGGCUUUGGAAACAUCUAAAGGCUAUCGCCUUUCAUUGUCAUGACGAAAGUGUACAUGGGGAAAGUGUUGACAAGUUUGAUUGUCAGAGAACCACAACAACGUAAGUUGGCCCAGAGGGUACAUACCUACUUUUGGACACAACACAGCAUAAUUUAUACAAACACUUUAAUAAAUACAUAGUAAGUGUGAUUGUGUGCAAAGGACUAUGACCCUGCAGGCAUUAUACACAUAUACAGUGGAAUCUUGGUUUUCGAGUGACUCGGAAGCUGAACGUUCUGGUUUUCAAACGCCGAAAACCUGGAAGUAAUUGCUUCCAUUUUUGAACAGGCCUUGGAAGUUGAACGGCUUCUGAGGCACAUUUCUCAACUGAGUUUGCCGACCGACCGUUGCUCCUCAGUUGUCGAACGUUUCAGAAUGGUCUUCCAGAACAGAUUACGUGCGACAACCAAGGUUCCACUGUAUUUAAGACUGGUAAACAUUACUCUAGGCAGAGGGCCUUCUCAGUAGUGGCAUCCACUCUGUGGAAAGCCCUCUGUCAGAUGUCAAGGAAAUAAACCGCUAUCUGACUUUUAGAAGACAUCUGAAGGUAGCCCUGCAUAGGGAAGUUUGUGUUUUAAUUUGUACUGUGUUUUAAUUUGUCGGAAGCCACCCAGAGUGGCUGGGGCAAACCCUGUCAGAUGGGUGGCAUAAUAAUAAUAAUAAUAAUAAUAAUAAUAAUAAUAAUAAUAAUAAUGUAGUUGUUAUACUGUUUCAGAAAAUGGUUGCUAGUCCUUUCCCCCACUCAAAGUAAGUGUAAGGCCUGUAAUAACACCUCCUCCUGCUGCAACCUUUGAUGUCGUAUUAUCCUCUAGUAUGACAUUCAUAGCGACGCAGGUGGCGCUGUGACUUGCCGAUCAGAAGGUCGGCGGUUCGAAUCCCCGUGACGGGGUGAGCUCCCGUUGCUCAGUCCCUGCUCCUGCCAACCUAGCAGUUCGAAAGCACGUCCAAGUGCAAGUAGAUAAAUAGGUACCGCUCCGGCGGGAAGGUAAACGGCGUUUCCGUGCGCUGCUCUGGCUCGCCAGAAGCGGCUUAGUCAUGCUGGCCACAUGACGCUGUACACCGGCUCCCUCGGCCAAUAAAGCGAGAUGAGCGCCACAACCCCAGAGUCGGCCACGACUGGACCUAAUGGUCAGGGGUCCCUUUACCUUUACCUAUGACAUGCCAAUCUGUCCCUUUGGCAACUUGUUCUCUGCAGGGCUCCCCCUUCACCACGAUUGUAAAGAACAAGUUCCAACCCCACCGAGGCGUCUUCCACUGCUGCACCUUCUGCUCUAGUGGGGGGCAGAAGGCCGCUCAAUGCGCUUGUGCAGGAGUCAUGCCUGGUAAGUCACCCCUUUCCCAUAAGCUACUGGGUCAGGCACAGUUGUCACUUUCUUUCUCUCUCUCUCUCUCUCCAGGGAACUUUUAACGGUCUACAGCAGUGGUUCCCAACCUUUUUUUGGACAUGCCCCACCUAAGCAUCUCUAAAAUCCUGGUGCCACCCCCCCAUAAUAUGUAAUUCUUAUUAUUCAAAAAGUGAACUCCUAUUCACAUGGAGGAAGCCUGAAAGGCCAUUAACUGUUAAUAACUCAUUCUCGAAUUGCCCGCCGUAAAAAUCAAAUUGCCCCCCUGUGGGGCGUGUGCCCCACGUUGGGAACCAUGGGUCUUAUUCGAUUUGUACAGCCAUCAGGCUUUGCACAUCGUGGAAAUUAAAAUUAUCAUGCAGACAAAGGAUAUAUAAUUUAUUUCAAUUCAUCCGUCUUGUCCGAGAAUAAUUUUAACAAUGCAAUCCUGUCUGUGUGUGUACUCAGAAGUAAGUUCCACUGUGUUUACCGGGGUUUACUCCUAAGGAAGCAUGUCAGGAUCAAAUGGCCUUUGGAGUGUUUCAAACACUUGACAUGUGCAGGAGCUAGGUUGGUCUUGUUAUGCUGACAGAGUGGCUUACUUGAGCAGGUUGAAAGCAGCAGUGACACUCGAAUCAGGGAUUCCUGAGUUGCACCUCAGCCCAUUAGCCACCUCCCUACACAGGAUGCAAAAAUGUCUCCAGCAAAAUGGCCAGAAGUGUAAUAGCACAGAUGAAAGAUUCCAGCCACCGUCAUUAUAAAACAGACAUCCAAGCUGGUAGAUGGAAGGCAAAAGCUAUUUUUACAUUCAUAACCUGGAACAUAAUUUUUUUGUUUGUUUCCUGCUUUAUCUUCAUCUGUGUACAAAGUUGAAUGUAGUCUUAUCUCCUCUGCUGAUAAAUGACCUGAGGUUAGUGGUUCACAAACUUUUUCCUCUGGGUCACACUUUCUGAAUAAAAAAAUUAUUGCACCACAUUGAAUAGUUUAUUGAUAAGAAAUACAUUGCGGGGGAGGGGGGGAGAGAAACAACUCCAAGUAGUGCUUGGUUUGUGAUAUAGAGCACAGCAACUUUAUGGGACAUCCAGAAAGUAAAAACAACGCAGCUAAAGAAGAACUUGAAUCAUUCCCAAAAUAUAAACAAUCCUCUUACUAUGUGCCUACAUUUCCCAUCAUCCCUGACCACUGGUCCUGUUAGCUAGGGAUGAUGGGAAUUGUAGUCUGAAACAUCUGGAGGGCCGGAGUUUGCCUGCCUCAGCAUGCAGACAAGAUCAGUGAGAGACUUAUAUUAAGUCUAGUUUGAGACAAACAAAUUCUCAUCUCCCCACCAGCAGAAAGAAGCCUUUCUCUUUUCUAAUUGCCCUUGAAUCUUCCUGCCCCGCUUGCCAUCCUCUUCUGCCAUGCCAGUGUGCAGCACACCACACCUGUGGAGAACCGCUGCCCAAAGUGCAGGAAAUGGCGAGUUUACUUGGGGAGCUUUUCUAGCCAGUAAAGAGUUUCUUUUCCAAUGGGCAGGUGGCUAUCAGGGCUGUGGUCACGGACACAAGGGCCACCCUGGCGCUCCUCACUGGUCCUGCUGUGGCAGCGUAGCUGAAGCCUCCGAGUGCUCCCUUGUGCCGUCUGGCGAGACUCUGGGAAGGAGCCCCCUCAGGACCGUGGUGCUCUGAAGGGACUUCUGGAAAGACGGCAAGGCUUCAGCCCACAAGGAGUUACGCAGCUGCACUAGUGGCCAGAGAAUCUCCUGCACUGAGAAGAUGAAACAUGUCAAAAUAAAAAAGUGCCUUCUAUCCCACC